AUGCGGACCUUCGCGGACGUCUGCCUCUGUGCGCUGCUUCUGCCUGGCGUCUUCCGCGAGGCGGGGGCGCUGCAGCGUGAUGAUGCAGGAGGCGAGCGGCGGCGCGGGGAGCCGAACGCCACGGAGCGGCGGCCGCCGAGCCCGGCGGCUGCCGUGCAGAGGCCCGCCGGCGCGGAGGCGCAGAACGCAGCCCCGGGAGGCAGGGAUGAGGUCUGGCCUUUCAGCAACAAGGAAGAGUAUCCCACAGAGUUCGGGUGCUAUUGGCGGGUGCCUACAACAUGCACGCGAAGUGACGGCAGACGGUUCAACGCGCGAAAGUGGAGGCACGACAAGUGGGCGGAGCACAGCGUGAUCAGGGCACGUGCGCGCAGGGCGGACAUACUCGACACUGCGGCCUGCUCCCAGCGCAAGAGCACUUGGGACAGCUACUGCAGCAGCGCCGACGCCGAGAUGGUCUACAUCCCACUGCCAAAGUCCACCUACGUGCCGGCGUACUUCCGGUAG